AUGCCUAAAGGACGAUUUGAUCAAGCUUCAUCCAAUGUUCAAUGGAUGGUUAUUCGUAAUAAUUCAUCAUUUUUACGUAAACGAAAAUUGGGCACAUUCACAACAGAACCAAAUAAUUUAAAAAAUCGUAAUAGCUUCCGUUUGAAUGGUCUUAUUCAUCCAAAAGUUGUUGGAGUUGAAGCUGCUAAGGAUGGAAAAGGUGUCGUUUUUUCAACAGGCAGCAUUAAAAAUGUAAAAAAACCAACCAAACGUUUUCAUAAGGUUAAACUUACCAAGGAUUCACGUCGUGCAUUAACCACUAUCCGACGAACAAUCCGUAAACAGCAUUAUCGUAAAGAUCUUAAGAUGGCUGCCCUUCGUCGAGCAUCUGCAUUACUCCGUGGCCAAAAAUUAGCUUUAACUACUCCAACAGCAACUACUACUGGAAAACGUGCAGGAAAAGCCGCCGCUGCAACAACAUCCUCAUAA